GAGACGGCAUUGCGCGCGUUUUUUUUUAAGAGGAUAAAUCCAAAGAAAAUAUUUUCUAAAAAGAAAUAAAAACAUAUCGAGAUAUCGUUUAAGUUAUGUACUUGAGUUGUACUUAAAUAUUAUUAUACUGACCGCCGGUCUCUCCUGAUCCGAACGGGAUAAAUAUUAUAUUAUUUUUGUCGGUUCGGUUAAUUUGUUUUUUUGUAAUAAUUUUUUAAUUCGCCGUUUUUUUCGUUAUUCGAUGUUGGUCCGUUUACCGAACGUUUCGCGCACGGUCAAAGAAAGAUGACAGUUACCAACUUUGGCAUGAUGAGGCCCUGUUUUACCGGAUAUCCAUUUCAAGGCCAGGGCCGGGUGAACCAGUUAGGCGGUGUGUUCAUCAACGGUCGGCCGUUGCCCAACCACAUACGGCUGAAGAUCGUCGAGAUGGCCGCGGCCGGAGUCAGGCCCUGUGUCAUUUCCAGACAGCUAAGAGUGUCGCACGGGUGCGUCUCCAAGAUCCUCAACAGAUACCAGGAGACCGGCAGCAUCAGGCCGGGCGUGAUUGGCGGCAGCAAGCCCAGGGUGGCCACGCCGGACGUGGAGAGGCGCAUCGAAGAGUACAAAACGGAAAACCCGGGAAUUUUCAGCUGGGAAAUACGUGACAGAAAUGACAAUGAGUCCGCCCAAUACCACGAUAAUAAAAGGUUGAUCAGAGAAGGGCUGUGCGACCGAGGAAGCGCUCCGUCUAUCAGUGCGAUUUCAAGACUACUGAGAGGCCACGACGGCGACGAUUCGGCGUCUGAGAAAAAAAUCAGCGACGGUAAAACGUCUGACGGGUCGGACUGCGAUUCGGAGCCGGGCAUACCGCUCAAACGCAAACAGCGCCGGAGUCGGACCACGUUUACCGCUCUUCAGCUGGACGAACUGGAAAAGGCUUUUGAACGCACCCAAUACCCGGACAUCUACACCAGAGAAGAACUGGCUCAGCGCACCAAACUCACCGAAGCCCGGAUACAGGUAUGGUUCAGUAACCGCCGGGCCAGACUGAGAAAGCAAAUGUCUAGCAACACGGGAAGUUCGACACCGGGUUCCGGUGGAUACGGCAUGGGAUUGGCCUUAGGUUUCUCGCCUUCCGCCCAGCAAACCCAGCAACAGUCGUCGGCACCCAAUGCCUCUACCACGCCCGCGUACAUCAUGUCGCCGCAACAGUUGCACGAACCUUACAACACAACGGACGGAUACAAAGAAGACAAUCACCAUCAACAGAUGAUCAAAGACGAUCAGCAGCAGCAACAGCAACAGCAGCAGCAGCAGCAGCAGCAGCAACAACAGCAGCAGCAACAGCAACAGCAGCAAAACAACAUGAUGUAUGGCGGUCUGGGAGCUACCACUUUGAUCGACCACGACAACCGACCUCACAGCAACAUCAGCACCGAAGCAGCCACGGCGACGUCUUACAUUGGCAUCACGGCUGGAUCCUACGCCACCACGCCGUUAUACACUUCAACCCCGUCGUUAUUGGCUUCCCAGAUGGGACAGUUGAACGGAAGCAGUCAGCUCUCUCAAUUGCACAUCGGAAGCAACGUCGGUACCGGACAUCAAGCCACGUCGCCAAGCUUGUUGUCGGGAGCUUCGCAAACGUACCAGAUCGGAUCGGCCACUCCCAACACUCCUACCAUGAUCACUCAUCAUCAGUUGUCUCCGGUUUCCGCCAACAUCACCCUCAUGGGACAGCCCAACGGUGCGAACGGCGGCGACAGCCUGAUCACGGUCUCGUCGUCCGAACUGGUGUCCAUGCAGAGCCCGUCCAGUUGGUCGACCCUGUCCAAUCACCAUGGUCAUCAGAUGCCGCCCAUGAACCCGGCCCGGAUCAGCCCGCAGCCCACGUUGAUACCGUCGUCGUGCAUGGGCCAGAUGAGCCCCACGUCGGCCGCGUACCACGGCUACCAACCUCGACAGACGCACCCGCCGUUUUACACGUGGUACUAGUUGGUACGCGUGUAAAGAAAACGGCUGUUUUUUAAAGACCUCCCAAAAAAAUAAGAUGAAAUAUAAACCUAACAACAUUAUAAGAUAAAAGUCUGUGUGUGUGUGUGUGACUACCGACUUUCUUUACGUUUCGAAUCAAAAGUAAAGAUCCACUACUAUAUUAUAAUGUAUGAGUAAAAUAAUAUUAUAAUGUUAAUAUAUAUAUAUAUUUUUUUUUUAUUUCAUCAUAGUAACCGUAAGGUUUUUUAAUAUUAACAACAUUGCACGACGUGUGCAAUGUGAGCAAACGAUCAAUGUUCCUUAAUCUUAUUUGUAUGAUCAUUAUACGAUUGUGUAAAAAUUAGUUAAUAUAAAAACUAUAUAUUUUUUUUUUAAUAACUGAAAUUUGAUUCCUAUUUUAUGUUUUCUUUUAAUCUCUGUACAGUAUAUAUUAUUUAAUAACCUACGAUUAAACAAAAAAAUAAUAAUAAUAAUGCAAUAAUUGUGUUAGACACGUUAGACCGGGUUGGGUUAGUCCUAAAAAAAAACCUUGUCUAAGUUGUGUACCUAAUUAUUAUUAUUAUUAUGCGUUUAUAUUUUGUAUAUUAUUACUUUUUUUUUUUUGUUGCAUAGAAAUGUGGAAUAGCAUUAUUAUUUUUUGUGUAUAUAUAAAUGUGAAAUAUUUGUUUUAGAAUAAUUAUUAUUAUUAUUUGUUUGUUUA